AUGGCGUUGCUUAUGAUUAUGGUUUUAUCCUAUUUUACAGCUAUAGCAAAUUCACAGGUGAAGAACAUCUUCUUACUAGCUGGACAAAGCAACAUGUCGGGCCUAGGAGGUGUCGUGAACAACACAUGGGAUGGUAUCGUUCCACCGGAGUGUAGCCCAAAUCCAGCCAUCCUCAAACUUGAUGCCAAACUUCAAUGGGUGGAGGCAACUGAACCUUUACAUGCAGAUAUCGACGCGAAUGUUACUUGUGGGAUUGGUCCAGGUAUGCCCUUCGCAAAUUCUUUGUUGAAUAAAACUUCGCUUCUUGGGGAAGUAGGGUUGGUACCAUGCGCAAUGGCGGGGAACAGAAUAAGUCAAUGGCAAAAGGGGACUUUCCUUUACAAUCAGCUGGUGAUGAGAGCCAAGGCUGCUACAGUGCAAGAAUGUGGGGUAACUAGAGCUAUGCUUUGGUAUCAAGGGGAGAGUGACACAACGUUACUGAGUAAUGCAAAUGCUUAUAAAGGAAAAAUGCAACAAUUUUUCACUGACUUGAGAAGUGAUGUUGGGAUACCAGAUCUUUUGAUUAUCCAGGUGGCUCUAGCUUCAGGAACAAAUUUCACAGAUAUAGUAAGAGAAGGGUUUGGAGUUGCAUAA